GAGAUAAUACUCUGUUUGUUAUGUAAUAUUUUUAAGGUUUUAUUUUUUGUUCUUGUGUCGUAGCCAUAAUCACGCCCUCAGUCGAUAUAUAAUGCAUGAAUAUAGCGAUGAAUACCUAAGCAAGUUCUAUACAAUAGGAAUAGAAGGAAGUGCAAAUAAGUUAGGUAUUGGUAUAAUUCGUGGAGAUGGCGUAAUUUUAUCGAAUCUACGCAGAACAUAUUCCGCGCCAGAUGGCGAGGGGUUUCUGCCCAGACACAUCGCAAAACAUCAUAGAGAUAACGUUGCAUCCUUAGUAAAUGAGGCUUUGAACUCGGCCGGUAUAGAAUUGUCCCAAAUAUCUCUAAUAUGUUAUACAAAAGGCCCAGGUUUGGGGUCUGGUCUACACGUUGGCGCUUUAACAGCAAAGACUUUACACUUUCUUACAGGAGCUCCUAUAGUUGGUGUCAAUCACUGCGUAGCUCACGUAGAAAUGGGUCGUUUUUUGAGUGGCUACAAACGCCCAUGUAUACUGUAUGUAUCAGGAGGGAAUACCCAAAUCUUAUUCUUUGAUAAAGUUCGCCGGGUUUACGCAGUUUUGGGGGAGACUUUAGAUAUAGCCAUAGGAAAUGUGUUGGAUCGGCUGGCUAGGCUACUCAAUUUACCAAACAAACCGGCUCCAGGACUUUCCAUAGAGCUCUCAGCAAGGAAAUCUAGCGGUAACUUGAUCCCACUACCAUUUGUUGUUAAGGGCAUGGACUGUUCUCUAAGUGGUCUUUUAACAAAAGCAGAACAAUUGAUAGAACAAUUCAAAUUAGACUCUUCCAGUUCUGACGAUUUUAGUAAAGACUUUGAAACAUUUUCUAAUGAUUUGUGUUUUAGUGUCCAGGAACACACAUUCGCAAUGUUACUAGAGAUGGUGGAGAGAGCUAUGGCUUUUACAGAAAGUAAUGAGCUUCUGUUGGUUGGAGGAGUCGGCUGUAACUUGAGACUUCAGGAGAUGGCUGAACAGAUGGCAAAUGAUAGGGGGGCUAAGCUCUUCCCAAUGGAUGAACGUUAUUGCAUAGAUAACGGAGCCAUGAUUGGUUAUACAGGAAUGGUAGACUAUCUCUAUGGAUCACGCUCAGAUGCCGUGCUAACUCCAGAAAAUGUCACAUUCUCCCAGAGAUACAGAACAGAUCAGGCCCCAGUGCUGUGGAUAUAA